AUGGGAGGAUCACCUCCUUGCAAUGACUCAGUUCGAGCCGUCAAAGACUACAAACGACGAGCCGCCACCUCCAAGAAGUGGCCUCCUCCAGUCGAAAAUGAUCACCAGAUCACUUUUUCAGCACUAGAUACCAAGGGCGUCCACAUGCCACACAACGAUCCUCUUCUCGUCGACCUCGACAUCGGAGAAUGUCUAGUCGCGAAAGUCCUUAUCGAUACCGGCAGCUCAGUCGAUCUCAUCUUUCGCGACACACUCGACAAAAUGGGAGUUGAUUUAAGAGAUAUGAAGCCUUCCUCUCGCACGCUCACUGGCUUCAACGGUGCCUCGGAGCAAAUGAUCGGAACAAUUCGUCUUCCAGUAUACGCAGGUGGUAUAACCCGUACUGUCAAGUUUUCCGUCAUCCGAGCCAAAGCACCCUACAAUGCCAUCCUCGGGACACCAUGGUUGCAUUCCAUGAAAGCUGUUCCUUCGACGUACCAUCAAUGCGUCAAGUUUCCCGGCAAAGACGGAAAAACACAGACGAUUCGGGGAGAUCAACAAGCCGCGAGAGAACUGCUGAUUGCAACUGUAAAGAUGCAGCAACAGGCUUCCCUCGUCAACUCCGUCAGUAAACCACUCCACAAGAUAUACCCCCAGAAGGAGGAAGUUCGCGAAGUCGCACUUGAUGAGUCCGACCCAACGAAAAUCAUCCGAGUUGGCGUCUACCUGUCCGACAACAUAUGUUCAAGGAUCGUCUCUUUCAUCAAAGACAACGCUUCAACGUUCGCCUGGAAGAUUUCCGAUAUGAAGGGGAUCGACCCCGCAGUUACCUCCCAUGAACUGCACGUCGACCCGACGUUCAAACCCAUCCGACAGAAGCGACGGAAACUCGGUCCAGAAAGAUCUAAAGCAGUGAACGAAGAAGUCGACAGGCUCCUCGACGCGGGUUUUAUUACCGAAGUCCGAUACCCCGAAUGGUUAGCCAACCCGGUUGUCGUCAAGAAGAAAAACGGCAAAUGGCGCAUAUGCGUCGACUUCACGGACCUCAACAAGGCAUGCCCAAAGGAUAGUUACCCACUCCCUCACAUCAAUCGUCUCGUCGAAUCAACCGCUGGUAACGAACUCCUAACCUUCAUGGACGCUUUCUCGGGAUACAACCAGAUCUUGAUGCAUCCCGAUGAUCGCGAGAAGACAGCAUUCAUCACCGACAGAGGGACUUAUUGCUACAAGGUGUUGCCCUUCGGGCUAAAAAACACCGGCGCGACUUAUCAGCGACUCGUUAACCGAAUGUUCGCUGAUCAGCUUGGCAACACCAUGGAAGAGUACAUCGACGAUAUGUUACGAGGAAUCGAAGCUAACCCCAAGCAGAUCUCGGCGAUUCUUGACCUUCCAAGCCCGAAAAACAGCCGCGAAGUGCAGCGACUAACGGGACGCAUAGCAGCUCUCAACAGGUUCAUCUCACGAUCGACCGACAAGUGUCUUCCCUUCUACGAGCUACUAAGGGGAAACAAGAGGUUCGUCUGGGAUGGAAAAUGCGAAGAGGCGUUCAAUCAACUCAAGCAUUAUCUCACGACCCCACCCGUACUAUCGAAGACAGAGGCCGGCGACACACUGUCUCUCUACAUCGCCGUCACAUCCUCCGCCGUCAGCAGCGUACUGAUUCGAGAAGAUAGGGGAGAACAGAAACCAAUCUUUUACACAAGUAAAAGAAUGACAGAGCCGGAGACGAGAUAUCCAACACUCGAAAAGAUGGCCCUAGCCGUCGUCACCUCGGCCAGAAAACUGCGACCCUACUUCCAGUCGCACACGAUCGAAGUACUGUCCAACCAACCACUCAGAGCGGUUAUGCAGAAUACUAACCAGUCGGGACGGUUGACCAAAUGGGCGAUGGAGCUGAGCGAACAUCACAUCGUGUACAAGAAUCGCACAGCAGCAAAGUCACAGGUCCUUGCCGACUUCUUGAUCGAGUUGACGCCAGAGCUGGAGCAAGACCUCAUCCUACCAAGUGUAAACUGGAUCCUCCACGUUGACGGUUCAUCCACGAGUAAAGGAUCAGGAGCAGGAGUGCAGUUGCAAUCGCCAACAGGAGAACUCAUUCGGCAGUCAUUCAGUUAUGGUUUUGCGGCGUCAAACAACGAAGCUGAGUACGAAUCCCUCAUCGCGGGGCUCCGUCUCGCCAAAGCGGUGAAAGCCAAAAGAAUCAGCGCUUACUGCGACUCUCAACUCGUCGUAACCAAUACCUCGGUGAUUACGACGUCCGCAACGAAAGGAUGGACGCCUACCUCAAACUCGUCCAGGACCUUACGCGAGACUUCGAACGCCCUCGCCGCUCUGGGAAGCAAGCUACACGACCAAGUCAAGAGGACAAUCCCAAUCCACAAAAUCGAGAAACCGAGCAUCGACACGAAGGCAGAACAGGUCGCGAUUAUAGCAGCGAUCGACGACGCGAUGGACAUCGACGAAGCGGAAUCUCCUUCGCAAGAUGAUCACCCAACAGAUUGGCGCAAGGAACUCAUCGAUUAUCUCGCUGAAGGUUUACUGCCCGCCGAGAAAUGGGACGCACGGCGACUGAAGCGACGUAGCGCACACUACGUUGUCAUGGAUGGGGAACUACACCGAUGGACUGCAACAAAGGUACUACUCAAAUGUAUCGCCGGCGAGGAAACGAGACUCGUCAUGGCCGAAACACACGAAGGAGCAGCAGGCAAUCACUCGGGCGGGCGAGCUCUCACACUAAAAGUUAAAAACCUCGGAUUCUACUGGCCAACCAUGAACGCCGACUGCGAGACAUACGCGCGCAAAUGCGAUAAAUGCCAACGUCACGCCAAAACCAUACACAGCCCAACGGAGUUUCUCCACACCCUGACUGCUCCAUACCCAUUUAUGCGAUGGAGAAUGGACAUCAUCGGUCCGAUGCCGGCAUCUCGACAAAAGAAGUUCAUCCUAGUCCUCACCGAUUACUUCACCAAAUGGGUUGAAGCCGAAGCCUAUGCCAGCAUAACCGGCAAGGAGGUGCAAAACUUCGUCUGGAAGAACAUAAUCUGCCGACACGGGCUCCCAUACGAGAUAAUCACGGACAACGGUUCACAAUUCAUCUCGCAUCAUUUUAAGGGCUUCUGCGACAGAUGGCGCAUUCGACUCAACAUGUCGACCCCGAGAAACCCGCAGAGUAACGGCCAAGCCGAAUCGACGAACAAGACCAUCAUAGACGAUCUGAAGAAACGACUCGACUUAAAGAAAGGUUGCUGGACAGACAAACUAGACGGUGUCCUGUGGUCCCACAGAACCACUCCCCGCGGAGCGACGAAGACUACACCCUUCUCAAUGGCCUACGGCGUCGAGGCAAUGGCUCCCGCAGAAGUGAACGUGACGAGUCUGCGCCGAUCGCGAAUGCCACAAAACGCCGAACUCAACCGCGACAUGCUCCUCGACGCACUUGACGAUAUCGAGGAAAAGCGCUACCAAGCGUUACUCCGUAUCCAGAAUUACCAGCAUCAAAUCGAGAGCUACUACAACAAAAAGGUCAAGUCGCGUCGUCUCGUAAUGGGCAACCUUGUCUUAAGAAAGGUGAAGCAGUACCGAGAGCCUGGAACUCCAAACAUCUCCGCCUCUUCCAUCCUUAGUCGAGGCGAAAACCAACCCGAGUAA